AUAUUUUAUAAAUAAUUCAGAAUUAUAAAAACCUUUAUCCUAAUGCAUGCAAAUGUAUAUUAACACAGAAUACACAGAGUGUCCCAAGUUUUUCCAGCCAAACUUUGCCAAUGUGUUCUACACGUGUGACGAAUACGUCACGCCGUCGCGCACCGUCAACUGCAUUCCGUCAACUGCGUUCCGUCAACCACGCACCGUCAGCCGCGCACCGUCAGCCGCGCACCGCGAGGUGGGGACCCCCCACCGACAUCCAAUACUAAGUACUUGGGUAGCGAUCGAUCGAAGGAUCAAGGAGUUGGCUCGGGGAUGCGGCCUCGACAGGACCUCUCCGCAGCAGUGUUGGGCAGUCCCAGUGCAUGCGCUGAUCAUUAAGGUGCCCUCAUCAGUCACUACUGCGUGUACCGGCUAGGUACGGCAUUGGCAGUAAGCUGUGACGUCACCUGACGCAUGCGCAUAAAGCUUUCGCGUGAGAUAAAAUCUCACGACUGCCCAACACUGCUCCGGAUGUCCUCUCUGAGGCACUAAAGCUUCCCAGUCUGCGGAUAGCCCCGGGCUGGCGAGCUGGAGGCCGGCGUCGCGUCGGUGCGACGGAUAGACCUCGUAUCGGGGCUGUUCGCGCCAACUCCAGGAACAAAUCUCGGUAAUAUUAGUAAGAAAAAGGCAGGCCAGAAGUGGCCAUUAACCUGGUGUUAAUUACUCUCCUACCCUCCUCCUCCUCCCUGACGCGAGUAGACCUAAUUAUAAUCCAUAUACUUUUCAUUAUUUUUGUUGUUAUUGCUAUUGUUAUUUGUUAAUUUCAUUUUUAUUAUCGUUUUA